AUGGAAUUAGAAAAAAUAGAAGAUAAAGUUGAUGAUAAAAAAUUAGAUAAAUCUGAAGAUAACCCUAUUGAAUAAGAAAGACCAUAAAAAAGUAUAUUAAUGAAAGGUCCAAAUAUAAUAGUUUCUGGUAAUAAAGUCUCAUUAGCCUUCAAGGAAUCAGGUUAUGAAACUCUUAUUUUGUAACCACCUAUGGGUAAUGAGAAUAGUUUAAUUAUAAACUUAAUUAAUGUAUAAACUCUUAUCUAUUAAAAGGGUUCUGGAGUGAGAGUAGGUAUAACACUCAAUGAUCCCUCUCUUAAUCUUAUUGAAUAUCCUGUUGGAAUGCAUAAAUGUUAAUAUAGCUAUAGAAUUAAGGAUGGAUAUAAAUUUAAUGAUGGAAUUGGAACUAAAUAUGGAAAUGGUAUUAAGAAAUCAGAACCAAUAAGAAUGUUAUUUAUUAAUAAUGAAUUAAUUUUUGAAGAAUAAGGUAAAUCUCUUGGAUCUGCUUUUAAAGUACUCCCUAUAAAGGAUGGAAAAUAUUAUCCAGCUAUUUCAAUCUUUUAAGAUGCCUAAGUUGAAUUCGUUUAUCAUUGA